UUUGAACAAAGAAUAUCACUCUAGCAUCGAUGGCGGUUAUUUCUCCUUGAUAUUAUAUUAAGUUUAUGCGUGGAUUUUAAUUUACGACGCGAUUGCAUUUUUUAUGUAAACAAUCACAAUUAUUUAUAAAUAUAACCUCAUUUGGACAUUGAAACUUCACCAUGUUGAAAUCUACAUCGAUAAUUCUGUUCCUGAUGAUAUCCCUGGAUACACUGGAUCACGUAACACCACAAGCGUUGCAGUUACAGGGUCACAAGGAUUGUCUGCCCUUGUCUAAGGACUGUCCGCCUGACUGUGUACAAUAUGACAAUGAAUGUCCCGAGUGUAGCUGUCCUAAAGGCGGACCAAGCAACAGUCCAUUUAACCAGGGCAAUAACUUGUACGAAACACCGUAUUCCACCUCACUCAUGAGCAUGAGCGGCGCCAGGCCUAUGAUGGCAAUGUCUACCGGAACCGGAAGUAUGAUGGGUCUGGGCAGUCGCAACGGACCUCUGUCUUGGCCAUUUUUCCACAGAGGCUCGCCUGUGAUGACGUUUGCUUGUAUAAAGGGCGAAAUCGUCUGUCCAGCAUACUGUCUGGUAGAGGAUGAAAACGGAUGUAAAUCAUGUCCGUGUGCUCCUGCCAAUGGAAUGGGCGUCCCUGUAGCUUCCGGUCACGUGGUACAUAUGAGCGCGCAACCAGAAAAACCAAAGCAGACUACAGAUUGCAUAGCAACUAUAAUAUGUAUGUUGUCAUGUAAGGGGUACAAACUGGGUCCAAAGGGACAAGAUGGCUGUCAGACAUGUACUUGUACACGGAAUGAUUCAAAAGACGGUGACAUAAAUUCAGGGAAGUCUAAAAACAGCACUAACCCUUUCCAGAUGUCCAGUAUGUCCGGCGGAUCUUCAUUUAUGUUUGGUUCCGGUUCCGGUUCCGGUUCUGCUUCAGGAUUACUAAACUCCAACGCCAAUUCUGGAAAAUCGAAAAAUGGCACAAGUUCCUCGGGCCAAUCGAAUCCAUUCCACGUGGACAAUAUGCCUGGAGGAUCUUCCGUAGGGUAUGGUUCUAAUUCCGGAUCCGGUACGGCAUCCGCUUCCGGUGCUGGCAUGCCAAGUCCGUUUUCUACCGGAAGCGGAAGUGGCUCGAGUGGAUCUGGUGGAAGUAAUGGCGGAGGGUUCAACCCACUGUUUCCUGGAGCUAGCAUGACGAUGGACGGAAGUGGAAGUGGAGGUGGAAUGCCUAGUGGUGGAGGUGGAGAUGGGUCGGGCGGAUCCGGAAGUGGAUGUACCGGACCGUUUUGUACAUCAUCAUCAGGCAUGAUGGGGAAUUGGAGCUGGCGGAGGAACCGGAAGUGGAUCGUCAUGCACUGGACCUUCAUGUUCUGCCAAAGACGGUUAUCUUUGAUAAAUACAACUCUCAAUUCUUACACAAAAGGGUUUAAUCCUAUGUCUCCUGGAGCUGGCAUGGGGAUGGGCGGAAGCGGAAGUGGAGGUGGAAUGUCUAGUGGUGGAGUCGGAGGGGGAUCAACCGGGUCAGCAAGUGGAUGUUCCGGACCAUUUUGCCAAUCAACAUCAUCUCAAAAUUCAGUAACUAAGCCUGUGAAGGGGACGAAUUGUCCUAACACCGACCUUUGUGUAAGGACAUGCAAGUACACUGUUAAACUCGGACCAGCUGGACAAGACGGAUGUCACUCGUGCGCAUGCGUUAUGAAAGAAGAGACCAGGCCACUACAGAAGCUCUGCGAUAAGGUAGUCCAGUGUAUAACGAAUUGUAAAACCGGAUAUGAGGUCGGCAACUCUAAAGACCAAGAUGGCUGUCCAUCCUGUGUUUGUCACGAACCUUCAACACCUGCGCCGACACAGGCUCCAGCUCAAUCAUCUUGUGACGUCACAACUCUUGCCUGUAUGGCUAAUUGUAGAUACGGGUACAUCAUCGAAUCAAAGAAUGCGAUGACGUCACAGUGUCCUCUCUGUAGAUGUUUACCACCUCCGACGACACCUGCUCCCAAGCCGAAUGUCUAUUCCGUCUUACAGAACUGUCCAGAAGCCGUUCAUUGUAUGACGUCAUGUAGUCAUGGUUACUCCAUGGUCACGAGGGCUGGAGAGGCGUGUCCAACGUGCACUUGUAACGUAGCGACGAUAUCAAACGUGGAAUGUACCACGCCCCUCUCCUGCCCACGUGGAUGUAGUGUGGGGUACAAAUGUGGGACGGAUGGCUGUCCAGUCUGCGAGUGUAUCACACCAGGAGAGGUCGGUGUCGCCCUGACAACAACCUAUCUUACAGCCUCACUCGUGUGUAAUGGUCACUUCACGUGCAUCAACAGGUGUCCGUUCGGCUACCAGACUGGACAUAACGGCUGUCCAUCGUGCCAGUGUCUACUACCUGUAGCAGGAAAGACUCCGGUUGCCAUCGGAAGUGUGACAAACGCCAUAACCGGAAGUGGACAGAGUUCCCCACACACUGGUGUUGCUAUAGUGCCUAGUGUUGUUGCAAUGGUACCUGCUUCAGAACAGCACAUCCCUCACCUACCGUCGUCAGGUUCAUCUGCUGUAACCGGAACCGGAAACGUUGGUCACUCAUCAGGGAAUAGUCUUCCGCAUUUACCGUCGCCAGGUAUGGGAUAUAAUGUGAUUGGUUCUCACGUGGCGGGGAGCCCAGCCGUGGCGGGAACUACCGACUGUGUUGGCCCAUCAUGCUCAGCUCCGAACGGUCUUCACAUAUUUGCCAAACAACAUGCGAAGAAGUUGUCGCCGAACCAGUGCGCCAAUAUCCUGACAUGUGUGAUGACGUGUACAUACGGGUACAAACUCGGGGAUAUGGCGGACAACGGAUGCCCGGAGUGCGCAUGUCUCCAAUGAUCGAAUUCCGGGUUACA